GCAAUGUAUCCGCCCAGCCAAAAGGAGAGACACUACGUGGCGCCACCAUCGAGCGACAAUGGGCGUCAGAGUCCGAGCUAUUCCCACCUUGGCAACGUCAGCCCUCCUCCGGCCGAGCCGGCGCAGAAUCCCACAUGGAGCUAGCGGACACGGCAUACGGCGCCAGUCUGCAACCAGAGCUCAAUCAGCAAAGAAAAAGAAAUCCUCACGCGGUCGCGGAGCGUGACGGGCCAGGAGGGGGGAGGGGAAUGGCACAGGGAACCACGCUGGCUUCUUCCCGAAUCCACGGGUCCUCUUGGUUCCUCUACGCAUCCCCCCUCCCCCAUUCCCAUCGACCUUUUCUGGGUGCCUUUGUUUCUUGCAAGGGAGUAGAAGCCCAAAGACAUAGGCCUUGUAAUGUCCUUGCAGCUGCAGCCAACGGCUUUCGUUUUACCCUGGCGUGUCUUGUUUUUCCUCUUUCGUCAACGGCUCGGUGCCACGCAAGAUUAGGUAGGCUGGCUCGUCCCAGGUUUCUGAUCCAGAUCACCUACUCUAGCAUUGCGUGCUCUCUGAGUUUUAGUGUUUCAACGGGAAUUUGUUGGGUACUCAAAAGUGUCCCCCCUUCCCCUCCCUCUUAGCCUUCGUUGCAUUCUUGCCUCCUUUGACCAUCUCCCCGAUUGACGGAAUGGGCGUCUGACGUUGGUUUUGACAAGUUACAACGUGUACAACAGCAUACUGCUAAACCAGGCCAUCGGCAACCUUUGUGGGGAAAAAACAAGGAUCGUCGAUCAAAGGGUGCCGAUAGCGCGUCACACCACCAGACCUGGGUCUGAAUAUCAUUCCGCAGCCAUGGUAGAUACCACCGCGGAGGCGACGGCCAGUCUGCCAUCACCGCCCCCAACAGCUUCGGCCCAUACCCAGCACUUUCAACCG